UUGUAGCGCGGCGGAAUGGCCGCAUUGCGCAGGCGCAGUCUGUCUGGCGUCCUAGGAGACGGACUGGAAAGCCUCUGCGCAGGCGUAAUUCAAGCGUCGGAGGAAGCCCGAGGCCCGGGAAUCGGGCGGGGCGAGCCCGGGGUGCGCCUGCGCACAGCGCACUCUCGCCCCGGAGCCGCAGUCUCGGGAGCGCCAAGGCAGUUUUUCAGUCAUCUUCGGCCAGCCGGUCCCGCGAACCCCGCGUCGUUGGACUGCACCCUGGGCGCGGACGUCCACCGGGCACGGGAGAGAGCCACAAUGCCGAUCAAUAAGUCAGAGAAGCCAGAAAGCUGUGAUAAUGUGAAGGUGGUUGUGAGGUGCCGACCCCUCAAUGAGAGAGAGAAGUCCAUGUGCUACAGACAGGCUGUCAGUGUGGAUGAGAUGAGGGGAACUAUCACUGUACAUAAGACCGAUUCUUCCAAUGAACCUCCAAAGACAUUUACUUUUGAUACAGUUUUUGGACCAGAGAGUAAACAACUUGAUGUUUAUAACUUAACUGCAAGGCCUAUUAUUGAUUCUGUUCUUGAAGGCUACAAUGGGACUAUUUUUGCAUAUGGACAAACUGGAACAGGCAAAACUUUUACUAUGGAAGGUGUUCGAGCUGUUCCUGAACUGAGAGGGAUCAUUCCAAAUUCAUUUGCUCAUAUAUUUGGUCAUAUUGCAAAAGCAGAGGGUGAUACAAGGUUUUUGGUUCGAGUGUCUUAUUUGGAAAUAUAUAAUGAAGAGGUUCGUGACCUCUUGGGCAAGGAUCAAACACAGAGGUUAGAGGUUAAAGAAAGACCUGAUGUGGGAGUUUACAUCAAAGAUUUAUCAGCUUAUGUGGUAAAUAAUGCUGAUGAUAUGGAUAGAAUUAUGACACUGGGCCACAAAAAUCGUUCUGUUGGUGCAACUAAUAUGAAUGAGCAUAGUUCCCGUUCCCAUGCCAUCUUUACAAUUACCAUAGAAUGCAGUGAAAAAGGCGUUGAUGGUAACAUGCACGUCAGGAUGGGGAAGCUCCAUCUUGUAGAUCUUGCGGGUUCAGAAAGACAGGCAAAAACUGGAGCUACUGGACAGCGCCUCAAGGAAGCUACAAAAAUCAAUCUUUCGCUUUCCACCCUUGGUAAUGUAAUUUCUGCCUUGGUUGAUGGAAAAAGCACUCAUGUGCCUUAUCGUAAUUCUAAAUUGACUCGUCUUCUUCAGGAUUCCUUAGGAGGAAAUUCAAAGACCAUGAUGUGUGCAAAUAUUGGGCCAGCAGAUUACAAUUAUGAUGAAACUAUUAGUACAUUACGGUACGCUAACCGUGCUAAGAAUAUUAAAAAUAAAGCUAGAAUUAAUGAAGAUCCAAAGGAUGCUUUACUUCGUCAAUUUCAGAAAGAAAUAGAAGAACUGAAAAAAAAGCUUGAGGAAGGGGAAGAAAUAUCAGGCUCUGAUAUCAGUGGGUCAGAAGAAGAUGAUGAUGAAGAGGGUGAGGUUGGAGAAGAUGGAGAGAAAAGGAAAAAAAGAAGAGGUAAGUUAGGUAAAAAGAAAGUUUCCCCUGAUAAGAUGGUUGAAAUGCAAGCAAAAAUUGAUGAAGAGAGAAAAGCACUUGAAACAAAGCUUGACAUGGAAGAAGAAGAAAGAAACAAGGCUAGGGCUGAAUUAGAGAAACGGGAAAAGGAUCUUCUUAAGGCCCAACAAGAGCAUCAGUCUUUGCUAGAGAAAUUAUCCGCACUGGAGAAGAAGGUAAUUGUUGGUGGUGUUGAUUUAUUGGCGAAAGCUGAGGAACAAGAGAAACUUCUUGAAGAAUCUAAUAUGGAACUGGAAGAAAGGAGGAAAAGAGCAGAGCAACUUCGAAGAGAAUUGGAGGAAAAAGAGCAAGAACGCUUGGAUAUUGAAGAAAAAUAUACCAGUUUGCAAGAGGAAGCACAGGGAAAGACCAAAAAAUUAAAGAAAGUUUGGACUAUGCUGAUGGCUGCAAAGUCAGAGAUGGCUGAUCUCCAACAAGAACAUCAGAGGGAAAUUGAAGGUCUAUUGGAGAACAUUCGACAACUUAGCCGGGAGCUUCGGCUUCAGAUGCUUGUUAUUGAUAACUUUAUACCUCAGGAUUACCAGGAAAUGAUUGAAAACUAUGUCCAUUGGAAUGAAGACAUAGGAGAAUGGCAGCUAAAAUGUGUUGCCUACACAGGAAAUAACAUGAGGAAGCAAACUCCAAUUCCUGAUAAAAAAGAGAAAGAUCCCUUUGAAGUGGACCUUUCCCACGUGUAUCUUGCCUACACCGAGGAGAGCCUGCGACAGUCCCUGAUGAAAUUGGAGAGGCCACGGACUUCAAAGGGGAAAGCAAGGCCAAAGACAGGGAGAAGAAAGCGUUCUGCAAAGCCUGAAACUGUAAUUGACUCUUUACUUCAGUAAAUGUUACAGACUUAAAGUCUCAAUAAAAAUAACACUAUCCUCAUGCCUGGACAAAAUAUUUAAUUAAAACACUGAAGACUUUUGUGUAAUUUCAAGUAAUGAAAGCUGUAAGUCAUGGAGUGAGACUGGAAGUAGUAAUUUCUCUAAUAAUUCUUAGUCUAUAUAUGUCAAUAUAACAUUGAAAUUGCACAACUGGUAAUUGUUCAAAUAGUCAUAUUACUCUUCAUUUUAUACUAUGCAGGGAAGUUGGGGGAGCAGCUCCUACUAUAGAGAGUUGCUGUCGAAAUGUAUUUAUAAAUCUGCUAGUAAUUUGCUCAACUCCUGUGUAUUUACAUAACUGGAUGUUCAAAAUAGAAUAAAAUGUAGGUCCUGUCUUGCACAUAGACAGCAGUUCUAAUUGUCCUAUGUUUUGCUGUUAUAUAUGAAUGUUUGAGCUGCGUAUCUAAGAAAUGAUUCAAUCCUAACGCCCGCCCUGCCUGUUUAAAUAUGUUCUCAUUUUUGUGUUAUCUUUAUUGCAUUUUAAGUAUUAGAUGACCUGUAGAAAAUUUAUAAUUUACAGUCAGUCUUUAGAAGAACACGUAGAAAAUAUGUUUGAACUGUACCUCUCUUGACCUUUUUUGCCAUUUAGAGUUUAAAUCAAAUAUGCUUUUGUUCUGGUUUCAUGUUCUCUUAAAACAUUGAGUAUGUACCUAAUUAUAAAGGAGUCACAGUUGCAGGAAAUUAAGCUAAAUACUGGUCACUAGUCUUUGCUGUAUGUGUAUAUUUUUCAAAAUUUAUUUUGAAGUGUGAUUAAUGGAUGCUUCCUUUUAAGUUGUAAAUUGUGAUGAAAAUUGAGUCUCCAUUUCCCAGAAAGUACAACUAAAGCAAGAAAAAUAGCUUUUAAUCCUCUACCUUUAAAAUACUUUAUUUUGUUUUUUCUUUAUAGUUUAUUAAAUGAAAUAUUCUUCCCUAAAUUUCUUCCAUUGACAAAUCCAGUCAGACCAUCUUCCUCUAAAAAUAAAAAUAAUAUUUAUUUUAUAGUAAAAUAACUUGUGACAUAUAGAAUUGUGUUUUCCUUUUUGGCUGCUUACAAAAUUUUUGUUUUUAUUUUUUAAUGUUAUGUUACACCACUUAAUAUAUCUUUUGUGAAUUUUAAAAUAAAUUAGCAUUAAGUUAACAUUAGUUUAAGAAGCUUGGUUAAAUGGUUUAUAAUUACAAAGCCAUGUAUAGAGUGGGGGUGACUAAAGGUGGUGUACUUGUGAGGUGGUAGUAAAAAUGUGUCCAUAAAUUUAAAGUACAUGACAAAGGUGUGUACUGAAUGUCCUGUGUAUGGUGCAUAUUUUCUAGGUAAUAAGAAUUGCAUUUAACUGGUAGCGUUUUCUUUGUAGUAUGUAAGAUAGAAGUUUAUAACUUUACUCUGUGAGGCAACUGUUUAUGUACUGUGAAGACUUGAGGUAAAUACGUGUCUUGUAAGAGCUUUGUGUGAGCAGAAUAUUUUGGCAAUUGUAGAUGCACAUUUAACUGUUAGUAAUUACUCCAUGGAAAUCUUAAUUUUACCAAUAGAAAGAAAAGAUAAAUACUUCUUCUUUUUAGAAGUUCAUGUUUAUCGCUUUUAACUAUCUAGUUAAUAAGAAAGGAAUAGCUUUUGCAUUAAGCUCUAAAACACCACAGAAAACUUAAGCCAGUAUGUUAGAUUGUUUUCUAUUCCACUCCACUAUAAUAACAAAAAGGAACCUAUAAAAAGUCAAAACAUUAGAAUUUUUUUUUAAAUAUAUUUUAUUGAUUUUUUACAGAGAAGAAGGGAGAGGGAUAGAGAGCCAGAAACAUCGAUGAGAGAGAUCGACCAGCUGCCUCCUGCACACCUCCCAGUGGGGAUGUGCCCGCAACCAAGGUACAUGCCCUUGACCGGAAUCGAACCCGGGACCCUUGAGUCCGCAGGCCGGUGCUCUAUCCACUGAGCCAAACCGGUUCGGCAAAACAUUAGAAUUUUUUUUAAAAAAUAGGCUACUUCAGUUUUUUAAAAGUAUUUACAUUAGAAUUUAUUAUACCAGAUGGACAAUAAUUGUUCAUCUUAUGAAAUACCAAAAUUAUAUAUUUAGGCAGGCCUGACUCGUCCAUAUGAAAAAAUGGGACACUGACUUGACAGCGAUUCUCUUAGCUCCAAUCAUAGCAGCAGUUCUGUGGUUUCUUCACACUUACUGUGUCUUUGUGCACAAAUAAAAUAUUUUGUAACUUCAGUGUUAAUUUCAUAUAAGGAUAUAGAUAAGUAAACUUGCUCAUUAUAUGAAGUAGACAGACUUAAAAUGAGUGGCACAUAUAAAUAGGUUUUUGAAUGGGUAUUUUCUUUUCUCUUUAGUUUUAAAAAGUAUUAUUUAUUUAUUAAAAGGAGCCUUGGUAGAAUGUUAUUGGUUGUGGUAUAUUCUUUAGUAAGCCCUGUAACUACAUAUACUAAUAGUUAGGAUAUUAAAAUAUCAUCGUAGUCCUCGUUUUUGUUUAGGUGCUUGUAUUAAAGUAUAAGAUUACUCAAGGAGGGAGAUCUGAAUCCAUGUGUUUACCCCACAAAUAGAAUCCAUUUGAUCUACUUUCUAGGAAAAGGGGACCUUUCUUUUUGCAGCAAGAGAUUUAAGGUCACUUGGGAUUGGGGGGGGUGCCACUUCAUCUGUAAGAUUUUUAGAAAAAUUAUGAUUUUGGGGUUUUGUUUCUUCAUAGUCUUUUUAAAAUGUCUUUCCCCUUGACUCUUAAGGAAUGUCCCUCUCUUUCCUACAGGGCUGUGAAUUAAGGAAUUGGUAGGGUGUACAUUUAAGCACUCCAGUGUCUGCCCAAUUUCUUAAUAUAUGCAUUUGUUUUCCUUUUUAGCUAUUUUUAAUUUAAAAUACUAGAACAAAACAUAGAUCUUCCUAGUGCCUUUGAACUUACACUGUAGUCUGACUAGUUUAAAUCACUAAUAACUUCAAUAGCAUUGCUAUAAUACUGUAUACUGGUCUAAUUUACAAAUUGUACAAUAAAUUUGUUGCAUUAAUUUCAAAAGCCCCACUUCCAUUGUAUUUUAUGUAUAAAUUGUAUUUGUUCAAGUUGUACAUAUUGAUAUUGUAUAUACAUGUGCAGCAUGGUGAAAUAAGAAAUAAAAGUGUUUACAUAAUGCC